GUGGGCGCGCGGGCGGCCGUUGGUCGUCAGUCCAAGCUCGCGGGCAGUCGCGAGGUGGAGAAUGAGGCCCCGCGCGAGCAAUGCUCGUGCCCCGUGAGAUGGAGCCCAAGGCGCAGCCGCCGCCCCAGCAGCAGUUGGUCAUCCGCAUCAAGGUCCCGGACGGCGGCGAUGUGGACUGGAGCAUCCCGUUAGGCUCGCCACUGCUCUUCAGAGAUGUGUUGGAUGUUAUUGGUCAGGUGUUGCCAGACACGACAACCACAGCGUUUGAAUAUGAAGAUGAAGAUGGUGAUCGAAUCACAGUACGCAGUGAUGAGGAAAUGAAAGCCAUGUUAUCAUAUUAUUAUACCACUGUAACAGAGCAGCAAGUCAAUGGAGAAAUGAUUGAACCACUGCAGAUAUAUCCACGAGCCUGCAAGCCACCUGGGAAACGGAACAUACAUGGCCUGAAGGUAAAUACACGGGCAGGGUCCUCUAAUAAUAGCUGCCCAGCAGUCACAGAAGGCCUGCCGAACAAUAGGUUGAAGAAAUCUUCUGCCGAACUUAAGAAAAUACUGGCAAAUGGACAGAUGAAUGAACAGGACAUUCAGUAUCGAGAUAUCCUCGGUCAUGGCAAUGGAGGGACAGUAUACAAAGCUUACCAUGUUCCAAGUGGAAAAAUAUUAGCAGUUAAGGUUAUUCCUUUAGACAUUACACUUGAAGUUCAAAAACAAAUUAUGUCAGAGCUAGAAAUUCUUUAUAAGUGUGAUUCGUCGUAUAUAAUAGGAUUUUAUGGAGCAUUUUUUGUGGAAAACAGGAUAUCAAUAUGUACAGAAUUCAUGGAUGGAGGUUCUUUGGAUGUAUAUAGAAGAAUCCCUGAGCAUGUGCUAGGGAGAAUCUCUGUUGCAGUUGUGAAAGGCCUUACCUACCUCUGGAGCCUAAAGAUUUUGCACAGAGGUGAUGGCUUAAACUUAUAUCUGACUCCAAGGUGCCAGCAGCUUUCUAACACCUUGCUCAAGUGGAAGGCCCCAUCAGAUUUUGAUUUCACAAGUUUAUAUGAUUCUGUUCUAAUUGAAGUUAUCUUGUCCUUUAGUUUCAUAUAAAAUGUGUGUACUAUCACAGUGUAAGAUGCAGUUGUGCUUUGGGAACUCUCAAUGCUGCUUUGCCUGGAACAAUUCACUCACUGUGAUAAUGAGAGGGAAGAACUGGUCAUUUAAAAUUAAUUCUCAGUAGCCACUGCAUAGUAAAGUUGACCUUGCUUGCAUUUUAUUAUGAGCAGAAACAAUGACUUUCCCCUCAACAGUAUCCUUCAGAAAAAUAAUCAUUUGCAAACAGUUAUGAUUAACUUGAAUAUCCUUUGUUUGUUUCUGUUGUUAGAUAUUUCUGUUGGAAUGUGGAGUGAUAGUUAAAUCAUCAAGGGAAUAAGCUUUGUGGGCGGCACGGUGGCACAGUGGUUAGCACUGCUGCCUCACA